AUGUAAUAACGGGCUCGUUCGCUAAUUGCUAGAUAAUAUUACAAAAAUAAAUAUGGUCCACAAUUGAUAGAAGAUGACAAUGUUUUGGAUGUUCAGAUAGGAGAUGAUAAUACGUAAUUUUAAUAUUUACUUAACAACUAGAUUACAAGCUAGAUAAGGGUUGGUAAUCACAAUAAACUCAGAUGAAGACGAACCUAAACAUAAACAUUCAAUAUCCAACUUUUCAGAGACUGUUGUUAAAAAAUAGGAAUGUGCAUUGUAAAAAUUUGAAGAUCGAAACAGUACUUCACAAUUGCAACUCACUUUGUAAUAACAACUACAAACCUAAACUGAUAUCUACAAAUAACAAUAAAAUUAAGGUAGCAGUUCUCUUGACAAUAUGUCACAAUUACAAAAAUCGCUUUCCUAGAUUAAAAUCUAAUAACCUCAACCACCCUCAAAUGCGAAUAAUUUAAAAUAACCUCAAUAAGUUAAAUAACAAUAGGUUAGACAACCUAUUACUAAAGGGAUUGGAGAUUAGAAUCAAAAAAAUAAUGAGAAGUAUAAGUAAAGAGUCAUAUCAAUUCCAGAUCAGAUUUAAACUAAAAUGAAUAUAGAAUCUGAUGAAGAGGAGGUACAGAUCAAUAAGAUGCCCAGAAAACAAGUUAGACCUAAUGAUGAUGAAACUCUGCCCUAAAUUCAUUUCAAAAAGAAACCAGACUUUUUUACAUAAUUGAAAUAGAAGGUAUGAGUCCUAUUUAUAAAUUGAUAGAUCACACAACCAUUAGAUGAGAAUAUGGCCUUGUAAAUCUAAUAUAAAUAUAAACAAAGAGAAGAACAAUCCCCAGAAAUUGAGCGUCAUCAAAAUGUUGCACCUGUCUCUUAUUUGGAUUUUAUUGCCAUGAAGAAUAGAGAGAUCAAUGCUGCAAAACAAAGAAAGCAAGAUGAGGAAUAUAGAAAGUAAUUGUUACAAUAAAAGAAACAAGAAAAAGUAGCUCCUGAGAAAAUAAGAGAAGGGGAGACUCUGCAACAAUAUUAAUAGAGAAUGAUAGAGUAUUUGCACAAGUAGAAUAAAUACAAGAAUAAGUAGAAAUACAAGAGAGGCACUGAUUUGGAUAAUAAAAAGACAGCUGAAGAAAAACAAAAAAUUAGUGAAUUAAUGAAGAUGAUCGACCCAAAUUUUUAAUAAGAAGACAUUGAAGAAAAACCAUUCAAGCCUGAUCUAUUAAAUUAUGAUGUCUUACUUAAGAAUGGUCUAAUCUUGAAAUAAGCAUUUGUAAAACCACCUGAACCUGACAUCAAUCCCAUGCUGAAUGUUUAUAAAAGAGGCAGAUAUGCAACUGAAUUCAUUUUUAGUGGUGGAAUCGAUUUGGAUGAUGGUCCUUAUGGAUAAUAAACAAAAAAGAAACCUAAAAAGUUGCCAUUCCCUAAACAUAGAUUAAGUUUGUCUCCUUGGGAAUACUAUGGUGUGGGACCUGAAGAAUAUUUUGCUACCAGAAAUCCUAAUUUCGAAUUCAAAUAGAAAUACGUUCCUGUUAAGGAUUAUUAUAAUGAAAUGCCAAAACCUAAACAAAAUCCUAAAUAUUUUUGUUAUGAUGUAGAUUAAUUAUUGGCUAAACGGUACUAAUCCAUUCAUCUAGAAUAUUAAUACUAAGCUUCAUUUAUUGGUUAUAAAUAAAGACAUUGGACGCCUGCGUCACAUUUGAAAGCUGUUUGUCCUAAUUUAGUAUUAGAGUACGAGAAAUAUGAAAGAGAUAGAUUAUUUUGUUAUAUUGUUUGUGCCAAGGUAUCUAAAUAUUAACUCAUUGAAACUGUUGGCAUCUUGACUUCGAAAUACACCAAAAACAAAAUAGAGAAUUUGGUUAUGACUUAUUGGAAGGGUGAUUCAAAAGGAGAGAAAAAAACUAUAUCUAAUUUAGAGAAGCAAGUGCCUUAAGAGUAAGUUCAAUAAAUAGAUGAAAUGGAGUUGUUCCAAGAAGAGGAUGAUGAAGAGAAGGAGAGAAAGAAAAGAACAAGUAAAGAGCAAAGACAUCUAGAAGAUGAAUGGGAUCCUACAAAAGAUGAAGCAACAGAAAGAGGAAAAAGAAAUAAGUUAAGAAAAGAAAAGUUUUAGAGAAUAGCAGAGGAGUUAAAAUUAAAACAAUAAAUUUAACCAGAAAAAAUUUAGAAAAAGAAAAAUAACAAUGCAGAAGGAGAUCUAAUGGAAGUAGAAAAUUAAAAAAAAGAUGAAAAUUAGCCAUCUUAGUCAAAAAAGGAAUUAAAAAAGUAAAAGAGAGGGAAGAAGAAAAAACAAGAAUAAUCUAAGUAAGUUGUAGAAUAGGAAGCAAAUCAAUUUGAAUAGCAAUUCUAAUAGGAACAACGACAUGACAAGGAAGCAAGAUCAUAAGAAGAGAGUGAGGAAUAAGUUUUUUAAGACAAUGAAGAUCUAGUUUUCAAAGCCAAAAUGAUCGAAUUCAAUUAAAAGAGAUUCAACUUCACUGGAACUGAUGUUGAUCUGCAAGAGAGUAUGAAAUUGGUUUUUCAAAAGAAUUAGCAAUAGAAAUUAGAUCCAGAGAGAUAUAAAUAAUUUAUAUAAAAAUGA